CCACCACCGCACUCCCACCCCGUCAACUUUGUUCCUAGCUUCCUCCCUCUGUUCUCGCUUGCUGGCACUCAAUUGAGUCUCGUUGACCCGCAGUAGCAGUGCCAGCAACGUCAGAGGUGUCAGUGUCGUCUCUCUCUUUCGUCUCUCGCUAGUCAAGCGUCAUGGCGGCUCUCGCACGCUCAGCUGCCGCCCUGUGCGGCGCCGUUGGUCUGCACAGCGCAGCACCGGAGCCUCACUACCGUGUGCAGCAGCACAAUAAUCUCCGCUCGAAUUCCGCGUCGAAAUUCCCGUUAAAGACAAACCCCAGUCUACGUCAGCGACGCGGCUCGCGCGGCGCGCCAGUGACCGUCUCGGCGUCCGCACAACAGCAGCAGCAGCAGCAGCAGGAGCAGCGAGCGAAGGAGGCGAAGGAAGUGGCGAUGGAUAACGGGAUGGUGGAGGGGCCGGCGGUGCGCGUGCUGGGCAGCGUGAUGACCGACGAAACGGUCCCUGAGGGCCACCAGGGGCUGCACGGCUUCCUCUACGGCUCGCAGGGCGCUGACGUGCACGACGCGCCGUCGCAGUCGUACGCGUUACAGCAGGGCGAGGACGACGGGUCCCUCCAGCUCCCCCUCGCCGACUACGUCGCGCGCCGCGAGACGCUCAAGCUCGCCGGGAUCUACGCCGUGUACGACGCGGCGGGCGCGCUGCAGUACGUGGGGUUCAGCCGCAGCGUGGUGCUCGCGCUCAAGGGCCACGCGUCGUUCGUCGGCGCGGAGCGCGCCAGCAGCGUGCGCGUGCGCGUGUACAGCGACGCGGCGAUGAUCACGCGCGCGCGCCUCGAGGAGGAGCGCCAGAAGUGGAUCCCGCAAUUGAUGGGAAUGGCCGGUGCCGCUGAUUCGCAGAUGCUCCCUCCUGGCAACAGCACCGACCUCGCGGAGUGGGAGGGGCCGAGCGGGCCGGGCACGGCGGCGAUGAGCGCGGCGGAGGUGGCGGAGUACGAGGAGAAGAAGCUGAAGCUGCGCAAGGCCAUGGGGGAGAACCUCGCGGACGCCGUCGAUGAUGAGACCGAGGACGCCAGGCAGCGCCGCCUCAACCUGCUUAGGGCCACAGAGGGCGACGACUGGAGUUCGGUCAUCGACAGGCAGACCAAGUCCACUCUACCCUCCGACUCCCCUGCAGCAGCACCGGCAGAGGCUGCUGCAGCAGACACUAUCGUGAGCCCAUUCGCGCGAGGAGGCGGGGGGAGCAGCAGCAGCAGCAGCGGCGGCGGCGCAGGAGCGAGGGAGGAGGUGGCGAUGACGGUGGCGGCGGUGGACGCAGCGCUGGAGGCCGUGCGGCCGUACCUCAUUGCGGAUGGGGGCAACGUGGAGGUCGCGGGGAUCAGCGAUGGCGUCGUGUCCGUGCGACUGCAGGGCGCGUGCGGCACGUGUCCCAGCUCCACGUCCACCAUGAAGAUGGGCAUUGAGGCAGAGCUGCUGCGCUGCUUCCCCACGCAGCUCAAGGAGGUCGUUCAAGUCGACGUCAUCGACACCUCCGUCACUGUUGCUUCGGUGGACGCGCAUCUCGACAUGCUGCGGCCAGCCAUCAGCGGGUUUGGCGGCCGGGUGCAGGUGGUGGCGGUGAAUGAGGGUGAGGGGACAUGCCGCGUGGCGUAUGAAGGACCCCCGACUGUGGCGAUGGGCAUCCAGGCCGCUAUCAAGGACAAGUUCCCCACACUCAAAACUGUCGACGUUGUUGGGUUUGCUUAAAGGGCGCCCCUUGCUGCUUGUUUGGAUUACGUAGAAGUCAUGGUGUAUGGGGGCCCCCUUGACUGUGGCAGUGGUCAUGGGCAUCCAGGCCGCCAUCAAGGACAAGUUCCCCACACUGAAGACUGUCGACGUUUUUGGGUUUGCAUAAAGUGCGGAGUUGCUUCCUUGCAGCUGCUGGUGGUGGUGUUGGUGAUGGGGGGCACGACAGGCAGGAGUGUUUGCUGUCAGCGACAACGACCCACCCAGCUGCUUCUUACUGAGUGGAGAUGGGUAGGGCACAUAGUUUCGUCUUCUAUAUGCUGUUGUUUUGUAAACAUUGUGAUCAUUUUUCAUAGUAGACUGGUGGCUGGUAUAGUGUAUGGCCAAUGGGCACC